CGCGAAACGUUCGGAACGAAGUAUCGACCAACGGCGCAAGCUCACUGGACUACAACACUACUACAUUGGUUACCACGCCGACUUCCGUCCACUCUCGAUCCGAUCUUAUCGAAGAAUUACGUAAACACUGAAACAACCAUGAAGCGAUCUAUCCGAAAUUCCCAUCGCCUCCCUCAUCCGAAUCCUUGCGCAGGAGGCCCUACUUGAACGAUUACCGCAUGCGAGGUGGCGUGAGUUUGCACACUUGUUUACCCGGUAACGCAGUGACUGGACUUUUUAAGUUCCGUGACUGAACUUUAAGUGCAUUUGUGUGGUUGGUGGAACUGCCUGGUCUUCUGGCUUUCUAAUUGUCGUCACACGAAUAAGACUGAAUUAUUGUUUCUCAUUUUUUUUUCUUUUUUUCUCUAUUAUUUUUUCUUUUGUUAUAGAGAUAAUGCAGUCAGAAUAAACAUGGUGUGAAGAAGAAAGAUUUAUAUGCGCGCCGGUCAUUUAUUGUUUUCAUUCAUAUUUUUAUAUUUGUGGACACAAGUGUGCAUGAUAUAUCCUAUGAAAACAGAGAACAGAGUUAGUGUUUUAUGAUGGCACAAGACAGAGAAACGCUUCUGAAAAAGUUAACAGGGUUGUUGAAAAGGAUCACAGACACGGAGGACGAUUAUACUGUGACAGCCGACCAGCGCGCCGCCCUUAUGGAGCUGGAGACCCUCACGUGGAACUACCCGACACCGGGCCAAGGGCGCUCCGUCGGCCAGAGUCAGGCGGAUGACGACGACACUGACGAGGAUGAUGACGAUGACUCCUACUAUGUGGACAUUGCUCCAUAUGACAUGACGGAGAGGUUGAAGGAGGUCAAUCGUGCGCUGUUAGAGGACCCGACUCCUGCUGAAUGCGAUCGUGCGAUAACCAUUCGAUUCAGGGAUGUUAUCGCGGAUUACCAGUCUCCGCGAGAGUAUUACCCGUCAGAUUCGGAUGACGGAUACGGAGACUCCUCAGAUAUCUUGUACGACGCCGAGGAGGAGGACGACGGGUUGACCUCUCUGACGUCAGAGGCCAAAGAGGUCUUGGGAGGGAAUGUGAAUCUGGUUGACUUCACUAGUGACUUUGUGCAAGAUAACUGUGAUUAUAAAAGUGUUAGAAACAGUCUGGUCAGCGGGAACGAUAUCAUUAAAAGUUACGGCAAUUUUGAGCCCGGUGACACUAACUCCUUUUUAAUCAGUGGAGAAAAACAGCAAAAUGAUGCGAGAAAAAGAGAUGUACCAAAACUCAACUUAGGGAAUAAUUACGAUGACUCGCCAGCGAAUCCGAACAGGAGUAAAGUCUCUUCGGAGCAGAUUACUUCUAACGUGCAGAUUCCCUGUGAGAAAACGCUUUUAAAAGUGGACGAUUCUGGACUGGCUGACCUGGAGACCUUUAUGAAAGAAAACGAAUCCUUGUCAGAUCAAAGUUCUUUAAGGGCUGACUCUGUUAAUCAUGAAGUGGCUGAAAUGAAGAGCGGUUCUAUGUCUUUAGUAGAAAUUAGUGAUAGAAUGCAUGUAGACAAGGGUUUCAGUAGUUUAGGCGAUGGUGUUAACGAGGAUUUCCAAGAAGUUGACGAAGUAAUAGAAGGAGAACCCGAAAGCCUCUUCGAAAGGAGAGGUUCCAAAGAAAAUCUCGAACAAAAUGAGCAUUUGCCGGCCAAGAGCGGAACCGAUUUUGCCUGUUAUGAGUAUGAGGACGAUUUCGAAGACAUCCAGGAUGAGACAUCGUGUUCGAAAGACACGGAAGAUGAUGUCAAAUCCUCCUCUCCGCGAGUCCCUGUUCAGACGCCCGUCUCGCCGCGUCUGUCGAAGGACAAAACCGAGAAGCCGAAGGAGGUCGCAGUCAGACCCCAAGCGAAAGAAACAGCGGACGACAGCCCCGGCAAAAAGGAAGCUCAAGAGAGCAAGAGCCUACAGAAGCAAGGGCACAAGAGCAGGAAGGACCAAGGUACCUCCAGAAAGUCGUCGGCGACGUCGUCCAGCGAGCGGGGCAAGAAGCGCGCCGAGAGUCAGUCGCCCUCCGACGCGGCGAAAACUCCCGCCGGCAGAACCAAGCUCAAGAGGAGCUCGGCCUGCCCGCCCGCCAUCAAACCGGCGCUCCUCUCCUCAGACAAGCUGGGCUCCAUCAGGCCGGCGGAAAGUGGGAAGUACAAAAGCUCCUCUCGGCCCGCGUCUCGUUCCGGCCACAGCUCUCUCUUUCCUUCUUCUACCUUCUCGUCACACUCGCCUUCUUCUUCGGCCUCUUCUUCCUCUUCAUCUCCUCCUUCGUCGGCGGCCAAUUCAUCUUCCUCGACCCCUCCUCCUCCUCCUCCUCGACAGCCCGGGGACGCACACGCACCCCCAUGGGCGGGCCCGUUCGCCCCACUCAGCACAAAAACACCGCAACAGGACGAGCCAAGAGAGGUGUCAGCAGCAGCCCCGUCAAGGUACCUGCCAACGCCCACCAGGGACUCUCCCUCACGCCCAUCACUCCGUCGCCGGCGGCAGUCUCGCGCUCUGGCCAGACGCCCCCUGCCGUGAGAACAGCGCCGCAGCACCGGGUCAGGAAAGCUGCCAGCGCCUCGGAUCUCCAUCGGGCGGCUGCAGCGGAGGAGACCGAAGACCGAAAGAGGCAGAACGAGGCAGUAUUUAAGGCGUGGCUCCAGCAGAAGAACAAGCAGGCUGCUCUUGCGA